UUUAUUCUUUAUCCGGCACUCUCGCUUAUACACGCUAACACGCAUCCCCACCACGAAUGAUUUCAACUGGCGCUCACGUUCAAAUGUUUUAACAUAAUAUUAUAUAUAGUAUUAUUACGUUUUAAACCCGAUACUCGGCGUCAAACCAAUUAGUUUAGUGUUACUUAGUGUACGCGCGUGUGUAUUUGCGUAACGUAUUAAGCAGACAUUUUUUAUUUCACUAUUCAAAUAUAGUACGUUGAAAAGGUGACCCCCGAAUUGAAUAACCCGACCAAAUCUCAGGCUUGAAAAUGUCAAUACAAGCAUCCGGUAAACUCAUCGUGGUAGCCAACCGACUUCCGUUCGUCCUCAAAAGAAACGAAAAAACCAAUAAAUGGGAAAGGAAAGCCAGUGCUGGUGGUUUAGUAACAGCUGUGGCGCCAGUCGUAGUCCAGGGUAAUGGAGUAUGGAUUGGAUGGCCUGGUGUGUAUUUGGAAAAAGGAGAAACAAUACCUGAACCUGAUCCCAAUGAUAUGACGCCUACAGCCGGAUUACGUUCAGAUAGAGUUGUGGCAGUUGAUUUUGAUCCUGUAACUUUUGAUAGCUAUUACAAUGGUUGUUGUAAUGGAACUUUUUGGCCACUUUUCCAUUCAAUGCCCGACAGAGCACAAUUUUCUGUUGAUACUUGGAAAUCUUACUGUAUAGUCAACAAAGAAUUUGCUUCGAAAACUGUGACAACAUUAGAAAAUUUAUCAACUGAAGACAAUGAUGUCGGAACACCUCUCGUUUGGCUUCAUGAUUAUCAUCUCAUGUUGGCAGCAAACAGUAUUAGAAAUGCUGCUGACGAAAAGAAUUUAAAAUUUAAACUAGGGUUCUUUCUUCAUAUACCAUUUCCUCCUUGGGAUAUAUUUAGGUUGUUCCCUUGGGCUGAUGAAAUUCUUCAAGGAAUGCUUGGUUGCGAUAUGAUCGGUUUCCACAUUGAAGAUUAUUGUUUAAAUUUUGUUGAAUGUUGCCAUCGACGUUUAGGAUGUCGUGUAGAUCGCAAGAACUUACUUGUUGAACAUGGUGGCCGUACAGUGCGUGUUCGUCCUUUGCCCAUUGGCAUACCAUUUGAUCGUUUUGUAAAGAUGGCUGAACAAGCACCAACAGUAAUUAGUACUUCGCUUCAAUUGGUACUUGGUGUUGACAGAUUAGAUUAUACCAAGGGUUUGGUACAUAGACUUAAAGCAUUUGAAGUGUUGUUGGAACGAUAUCCACAACACAAAGGCAAAGUUGCACUCAUGCAAAUCGCCGUACCGUCACGCACAGAUGUUAAGGAGUACCAAGAUCUAAAAGAAGAAAUGGAUCAACUUGUCGGGCGCAUUAAUGGACGUUUCACAACUCCUAAUUGGUCACCAAUCAGAUACAUUUAUGGAUGUGUUAGUCAAGACGAGCUGGCAGCUUUUUAUCGAGAUUCGGCUGUUGCCAUGGUCACUCCUCUGAGAGACGGCAUGAACUUGGUCGCCAAAGAAUUUGUAGCUUGCCAAAUUAAAGAACCACCUGGUGUUUUGAUUGUUUCGCCCUUUGCUGGUGCUGGUGAAAUGAUGCAUGAGGCAUUAAUUUGUAACCCAUAUGAACUGGUUGAAGCAGCUGACACUUUACAUAGAGCUUUAACAAUGCCAGAAGACGAAAGAAUGCUAAGAAUGAGGUGUUUGAGGCGCAGAGAGAAAAUUCACGAUGUAGAUUACUGGAUGAGAUCCUUUUUGAAAGCAAUGGGCACUCUUAUAACUGAAGAUGGAGAUGAUGUAUUACCAACUACCAUGCAACCAGUUACUUUACAAGACUUUGAUGAUUACUUAUCCAAGUACAUUGGAAACACAAACAAGCUUGCAUUAUUAUUGGACUACGACGGAACAUUAGCUCCACUCGCUCCACAUCCUGAUUUGGCUAUAUUACCCGUAGAGACUAAAAGUGUUUUAGAAAGGUUGGCCAAUAUGUCUGAUGUGUACAUAGCAAUAAUUUCAGGAAGAAACGUACAUAAUGUUAAAGACAUGGUCGGUAUCGAGGGAUUGACUUAUGCUGGUAACCAUGGACUUGAAAUUCUUCACCCCGAUGGUAGCAGAUUUGUACAUCCAAUGCCCAAAGAGUAUGAAGAAAAAGUCACCGAGUUGUUGAAAUCUCUCCAAGAUCAGGUUUGCAAAGAUGGUGCUUGGGUUGAAAACAAAGGCACUCUAUUGACCUUCCAUUAUCGUGAAGUACCUGUAGACCUUCGUCCUGAACUGGCAUCAACAGCUCAGCGCCUUAUUGAAGAAGCUGGAUUUAAAGCCGGUCAAGCUCAUUGUGCUAUUGAAGCAAAACCUCCUGUACAAUGGAACAAAGGGCGUGCAUCUUUGUACAUUUUAAGAACGGCCUUUGGUCUGGAUUGGAGUGAACGUAUUCGUAUAAUUUAUGCUGGAGAUGAUGUGACGGACGAAGAUGCCAUGCAGGCUUUGAAAGGCAUGGCUGCUACAUUCCGCGUAGCUCAGUCUAAUAUAGUAAAAACCUCAGCGGAACGCCGUUUACCGAGCACCGAUUCUGUGUUGACUAUGCUGAAAUGGGUGGAAAGACAUUUCGGCAAGCGAUUGCCACGAGAAGACAGUGUUGGAAACUUAAGUAAUAAUUUACAAUUAUCAUUAGGCGAAAUGCAAAUGGAACUCAGCAUACCUGAGAAGAAGUCACCAAUAAAUUAAUACUCAUAAAUACUACCUAUCGAUAAGAAAACCUCACUUAAAAUUAGUUAUUUUUGUUCAUGGGAUGAUGUAGAGAACAAUAAAUGUUGUAUCCCAAAUGGAUAGAAACUUACGCUAUUGUAUACGUGAAACCAAGGAAUUUUUAAUUAUUAGAAAACAUUUUUUUUAACAAACACGUAUGAGUCUAUCUGGUGUAUCUAUGCGUCAAUUAGGCGCUAAUCAAAGGAGCAAUAUUAAGAACAAAUAACCGGUAUUUCUAUUACAUUCCUUCAAAAUAUUAAGAACCAGUAAUUUAAUAUAUAUAACUUUAUCAUUGUAUUAUGUUUUCUAUUUAUUAGUUAAAAGAAAACAGUAUAUAGUAUCUUCCUAUAAAAAAAUAUAUAUAUUUAUAGAAGAUUGUGAUAAAAAUACUUUUUGGAAUGAUCAAUGUUGAACAAAUAUAAAUAGAUUUAGUUAUCGCUAGUCAACUGAUUUCAAGACUUAAAGAAUCGUACUUAACAUUAUUACAUAACACAGCAUAUCUACCAUAAUAUUGUAAAAUUUCUAACUUCAAUUAUUUAAAUUACAGUACAAAAGUAUUUUCAAAACAUAUUAGUUAUCUCUUAAAACUUAACAGAUUAUUUUUCGUAUUGUUAUCAAGUUUGUGCCAUACAAAUUAUUUUUAAGUGAGUUUUUUUUAGUAUAAUAUGUUAUGUUUUUCAUUACUAUGUAAUACUUAAUUUUAUUUAUUUAUUAUUUUUAUUGAUUUAUGUUAUAUUUAUAGUUUAAAAAUCAGCAUACCUAUUGAUGUAGUUUUCAUUUUUGUUUAUUUGUAUAACAAUAACGUUCAAUUUAGGAAAAUAAAAGCCAUAUUAUAUGUUGU